AAGCUCAAGGAACCGAGGAACUGAGGAAGCCAUCAAAAGCCUCAAAUGGAUAUGCUCUUCGAAUACUCCUCCGUAGCUACGGCAGAAACCCAGCCCUGCGGUUGUUACAACUGGUGCCUGAUUCAUCUUCCAGAAGAGGAAGAAGAAGAGACAUGGUCUGCUUGGGUGGCUGUUACCGUCAACUUUGAAGUUUGAAGAAAUAACACAUGGUUGGCAAAUCCAACCCCUGAAGUUUGUUCAUUGGGCAGACAAGGAAGAGAGAGAAAUUCUAGUAGCGGCUUCAAAACUGGGUCCAGUUUCCAUGUCCAUGUUAAAAGGGGUCCAAGCUGUGGAUUUAAGCACGACAAAACAUGUUUUUGUUUCAGCAGUUCAAUUUGCUACAUCCAGUGGUACACCAUGUCCUCAAUUUGGAGACGAGCUUAAAAUCUCUGCUAAAGAACAAGUUGAAUACAUGCUAGGGGAAGAUGUGGAUACACCAUUGGUUAUGGCAGAUGACGAUGUGAAAUCAGCCAUAAAAACGGGGCUAUCCACCAUUAUUUCUUCCUUUGAAAAGGUACUUUCCUCCCUACUGCUCGAGGCUUUUGUUGAAUCAAAAAUGACAGAGGACAACAUACUGAAGAGCAUGUCUGACCUUGAGUGGAUGUGUAACAUACUUCCGAAGAUGGGAUUAAUGAAGGAUUUUGUGUCUAAUUGGAUUGAAAUAUCGGUUAAAGUUUUGGGAGUGGUCGAGAACGAGAAACUUGAUACUCUCAUGUGGGGUUUAAAAGUAAAGUUGAUUGAACUGACUACAAAGGUCUUGGAUGCAGUUGGUUACGGAAAUGUGCUUCUUCCAGCACCAUCCCGGACGCAAUUGUUAAAGACUUGGCUGCCUUACAUGAGAAAGAUGAAACCUCUUCUCGAUUCCCAGGGCAAUGAAGAGAUGGGUUUUCAUUACAAGAUGAGUGAUGACCUGUGCGAGAGCAUUGAGGGGGCAAUGAUCUCACUAAUACUGGCAUUGCCAUCAAACGAUCAAGCUGAUAUUCUUGCAGAAUGGAUGAGAAAUAAGCAGUUUAAAUUUCCUGACUUGAGUGAAGCUUUUGAGCUAUGGUGUUAUAGAACAAAGUCAGCAAAGAGAAGGUUGUUGGAGGGUUUAGGUAAGGAGGACAACGAUACCACUGGCUGCCUUUGAUUUAACAAUCUUUUGUUGUUGUAUUAUUACUUAAUUGGAUGGCAUUGUCGGUGACUAUCCAUUGAAAUUUUGUUUAUUUUCAUAUUGUUUCUCGGCACCUUCUCCAGUAAUGCUGCCAAACUAUGUAAACAAUCCAAGAUUCCUGGGAAUAGAAUAUACAGUGUUAGAGUUGCA